AUGUUACAAUUUCUAAUAUUAUGUGUAUCGUUCCAAUCAGCUCUACUCAGUACCGUUUACUAUAAUCAUUACCUAAAUUUACAAAAUGGUGUCACGAAGGACACAUCUGAGAAAAUACUAGACACACCUCUAAAAAUAGAAGAAGAACCGCUAUUUAACGAUAACGUUAUCGGUAAAGCUGCUAUUUUAAACAUUAAAAGUUUGGAAAAUAUAAAUACAAAUGGAAUUAAUGAAAGAGAUAUGAUAAUAACACCAAACAGCUUAAACGAAAAACUGACUCUUAAUAGCCCUAAAAAAUAUCUACGUCGUAACGUGAGCUUUGAAAUAGAAUCUAAACGCAGAAAACGUAGCGUUAAUGACACUUCUGAAAACGUUACAACAAAUAUAACGCUUAAUAUCACACAAAAUAAUGUUACAGCUCCGUUAAAUAGCAGUGUUAUAGCAGAAGAUAUAAUAGUAGAUAGCAACCGUUAUAACGAUAGUGGUAACGAGUUAACGUUAGAUGAUAAACUACCUACAUCAUCAGCCAAUUCAAGUUUAAAUAAAGAUGUAGAAUUAAACUUAAGACGCUCUUAUCACGAAAAAGAUGAAUUGAGAAAUGAAAUAGAGAAUAUCAUCAGAGGAAUUAAACAAAAAGUGCUACCACUAACCAACGUUAAAAAAGCGUUGGGAGAUAAUUAUAGUUAUCGAAUUGGUUACGUUAUAGCAAAUAUCGACACAUUAUACAAUCAGUUGGGUAAAAUAAAAGUUGAAAUGAACUUUCAAGAUGAAUAUAGUCUGAAAAAGUUAUUUGAAAGGAUGAAAAUGACAGAUAACGUUAUUUCAAAUUUGUUAGAAAUUUUGACUUCGUAUUUGACGUUUAAGAAGGCUUCGUCACCAUAA